AUGGCGUCUAGAAAGAAGGUCUUGCUUAAGGUUAUUAUCCUUGGAGAUAGCGGUGUAGGCAAGACGAGUUUGAUGAACCAAUAUGUCAACAAGAAGUUCAGCGCAAGUUACAAGGCUACGAUCGGGGCGGAUUUCUUGACAAAGGAGGUGUUGGUUGAUGAUCGAUUGGUCACUAUGCAGCUUUGGGAUACAGCCGGACAAGAGAGAUUCCAAUCGUUAGGCGUUGCGUUCUACAGAGGUGCCGACUGCUGCGUACUGGUUUACGAUGUCAACAACUCCAAGAGUUUCGAUACCCUUGAUAGCUGGAGGGACGAGUUCCUGAUUCAGGCUUCGCCGAGGGAUCCUGACAGCUUUCCAUUCGUAAGUUUGAUGCAUUUUGCUCGUGGGGGAUAUGGAAAGUGUGCUAAUACAUGGUUUAAGGUCGUGCUAGGUAACAAGAUUGACGUGGAAGAGAACAAGAGAGUGAUAUCCUCAAAACGAGCUAUGACUUUCUGCCAGUCUAAAGGUGGAAUUCCAUAUUUUGAGACCAGUGCGAAGGAAGCUAUCAACGUAGAGCAAGCAUUUGAGGUCAUUGCAAGAAAUGCGCUCGCCCAAGAAGAAUCUGAGGAGUUCAGUGGCGACUUCUCAGACCCUAUCAAUAUCCACAUUGAGAACGACAGAGACGGUUGCGCAUGCUAGAAUUCUGCCUUUAGCAAAGAAAGAGAGACAGUACAUCAUUUCUUCCGGCUCACAUAUGAUUUCCUUCUGUCUAUUAUGGGACUAUGCAGGUUCCUGUCCUGUGUCAACAUUGGCUGCUUGAGAGCCCCUUUACUUGAUUUCUCGGUUGGCUGUGCAGGUGAGAAGACAGACGGAAAGGCAAAGUUAGGGUGAUUGAAGUGUUGGUUGCAAUGGGAUUUGUAAGGGUGUUUGCUGUACAUAGGGAUCAGAUCAUACAUGGCGCUUUGGUGUCUGCGUCUCCUUGAUUAUACAGAAUGCUUAAUGGGCUUUGAGAGGUCUUGUAUCUGUGUGUUGGAGGCUGUGAGCUUAUGAUGAAGAGUUUGCAUUUAUAAAUUGGAUAACUCUCGUGGUGAAGCAUUCUUCUUAUGGUCAAGCCGCAUGGGUUUGCUAGAUGUCUGUAUCCAUUUAGAUAAGUGGGCU